AUGGUUCAGGAGUCUACACGGCUGGCGCCCGCUCCCAGUGAGCACUAUGGACACAGUGACCAAGUUUUUGAGGCUGUUUUUGAGUUUAACAGCAUGGACAUGGCUCCAGAAGCAGCAAAGGGGCUCUGCAAGUUUGGCUUGCUAUUCAGAUCAUGGCUCUUAAUGCUGCUGGCCGUGCUGUCAACCAGCAGUUCUGCCUCUGGGAAGGUGAUACAGCCUGGACUCAAGAUGGAGAGCCUCUUCAAGAAAACAUAUGCUGGAUGUCUGACCCAAAAAGACUCAAAAUUGCCUCAAACUGUGAGAGUCAACAUAAGCAUCAUCAACACAAACCAGGACGCCAGUGUGGGUCCUGAUGUCAGCAGCCGCUCUCUGGCUCCAUGGGAUUACAGGAUCGAUGAGGACCACAACCGUUUCCCCGAGUUGAUUGCCGAUGCCAAGUGCCGUCACUCCAGGUGCGUGAAUUUGGACGGUCAGCUGGACCACAGGGUCAACUCUGUCCCCAUCAAACAAGAGAUCCUCGUCCUCCGGAGGGAGCGGAAGGGCUGCCACCAGUCAUACCGGUUGGAGAAGAAAAUAAUCACUGUGGGCUGCACAUGUGUCACCCCCUUGAUCCAAUACCAGGCUUAA